AAUUGCAGCUCAGUGAUCGUUCCGCAUUGGUCGUGCACGCGCGUCGCAUUCAACUCGAAUUCCGAUCGCCCUGGGCGCAGGCUCUGCUCAAAGGAUAUCAGAAGGGAACAAUUAAAUUAUUUUAUUUUUUUUUAUUUUGUUGUGCUUGUGCGUACAAUGUCUCACGGUGAACGAAAAGGUCGCCUGAAUGUGGUUAAAUUUUUAGAAUUGGCCUUUUCCGUUGCCUGCCUAGUGCUGCACUUCUAUAGCUUUAACGAUCGCGACAUUAUGACCUCGUUCAUGGCGACGGGCACAUUCACUGGGUAUAUUAUCGUCGUCAUAGGUGUGUUCGCAGGCGUUCUGAUGCGUGCACCCAUUCACAAACGCAUCGACAUCUUCUUCAGCGUUCUGGGCUGCGCCCUGUUUGUGGCUAGCGGGAUCUUCAUAAUCGAGGCCUGGGAGUUCUCGUUUCGUACACGCACCCGGGAUCUGGCGCUGAUCAAGGCAUCACUGUCCAUUGUGAAUGGUGUGCUGUUUGGUUUCGAUGCGAUCUUUACAUUUCGGGAUAAAUAAUAGCUAUCAUGGUCAACAGACCCCCACCCACCCACAUUUGACGCUGCAUUUACAAUCGUAUUAUACUUAAGAGACAGAUACUUUCUGCAUGCAUACAUACAUACAUACAUAGAGCAGACAUACGUACAUACAUACAUGUUAGUUAUGAA